GUGAUGUUAGAGACCUACAGGAACCUGGCAUCCUUGGGUGAUCUGCAGCCUGCUCUAUUAGUGCUCAUUCAAGAAAAUCAGUUCCUUAUUACAAGCUAAAAUCAGUGUGUUAUUGCACAUUCCUAUGACUCAGAUGUCUGGAAAUGGUUCUCAGUAUUGAAAAUUUAUUUCUUUAAAGAUUUAUUUAUUUAUGCAUACAAGAGCUGGGGUUCAGGCCAGAGGUGUGAGGGGUGAAAUGACUCACCAGAGACAGAGCCGGGAACAGAACAAGCAGAUCAACCGAAGCACACUGCUGAGGGGAGCAGCGGUCGAGUCAGGAGACGUCCACCUCGCCAUGUAGGCCACUCCCUGGCCGGCCAGGAAUUGAAAUCUCGCUACAGAGGCCACGGACAGCUUCACAGGAUGCUCCUUAACCCCUUGCACCUCCAGGGAGGCCCCAGGAUAUGAAAAUGAUUUCUGGUAAAGGUGGUGUCAGAAAAAGUAUUUGCAGUGAUCCUUUUCUAGAACCUUCUGUAUUCUCCUCUCUACUGAGCACAAUCCUGUAUUGGUAAUUUGAAAAUCUGCAGGCCAUCUCAUAUCACCUGUCCUAAUAAACAGGUCUUGCUAUGUCUAAGCCUGACCUGGUCGUCUUGUUGGAGCAAAAGGUGGAGCCCUGGGAUGUGAAGAGAAGUGCAAAUCCCGUCCUCCUCCCAGCCAUGUCUUCUCAAGACGACCAGGACUGCAUACCACAGUCAGGCACAGAAGAUUUAUUCCUAAAUGUGGGACCGGGAGGAGAUGGAAUCGACACCUUUGAGAAUUUAGAAUUAUUGAAAGAUCAGACAUGUCAAGAGGCAUGUGAAGGGCACAACAGUUGUUGCGAUGAAGAUGGCCGAGCAGCGACAAUUAUCCAUAGUAAAAUUUCUCCUGCAAAAACUGAUCCAGUGUGUAAACCAUGUUGGGUAAAACUCCAUUUUAUGUGUGUUGCAUGUAUAUAUAAAUAUGUUUCUGUUAGCAAAGAUCCAUGUGGCAUUUUUACCAAUACACGUUCUCAGAGAGGAAUAUUGGAACAUAUGGGAAGUCCCCUAGUCCAUAAUGGAAAUGAUUAUUCAAAACAUUGUCACCAUGGGGUAGGUUUAAACUUUGUGUCAAAUCAUUCUCAACAUCAGAGAAUUAGAAAGGAAGAUGAAAAAUCUACACAGGAUCCUAUUGAGGAGUCCUCAAACCUUCUCCAAUAUCAGACAAUUGGUGAGAAACCUUACAAUUGUAAAGAUUAUGGCAAAGAUAACACAUGCUGCUCCAGCCUUAAUGAACAUCAGAGAAAGAAAUGGCGUAAAUGUGGAGAGCAUGGUAAAGGCUUUUAUUGGCAUUCACAGUUGACUCGACCUCUAAGAAGUCAUACUAGAGAAAAGCAUUACAUGUGUCCAGACUGUGGUAAAGCCUUUCUAUAUUUGUGUCGCCUUUCCCAACAUCAGAGAGUUCAUAAUGGUGAGAAACCUUACAAAUGUGAAGAAUGUAAGAAAGCCUUUAAGGUGAAGUCAAGUCUUAGUCAGCAUCAGAGAAUUCAUACUGGCCUGAAACCUUACAAAUGUGAAGAAUGUGGCAAAGCCUUUAACUGGGUGUCAAAUCUUUCUAAACAUUACAGACUUCAUACUGGGGAAAAGCCUUUAUUUAUAAUUCAAAACUUAUUCAACAUCAUAGAAUUCAUACUGGGCAGAAACCUUACAAAUGUAAAGUAUGUGGCAAAGUCUUUAACCAGAAGUCACAUCUUAAUCGACAUCACAGAAUUCAUACUGUAGAGAAACCUUAGAACUGUUAAGAAUGUGGCAGAGUCUUUAAAAAAACAGUCAUAUCUUAGUCAACAUCAUAGAAUUCACACUGGGAAGAAACUACAAAUGUGAAGACUGUGGCAAAGCCUUUAACUGGAAGUCAAGUCUUAUUCUACAUCACAGAAUUCACAUUAGAGAAAUGUUAAAAUUCAAAGGUCAUUUUUUUUACUGUAGUCUCUUUAACCAGAAGUCCAGAAGUUUCACCAGAAGUGGCAGUGAUUAUCCAGAAGUCAAAUCAUCCUAAACAUCAGAGUGCCUAGUGAGAGAACCCGUAAAUGAAAGUGACCAAUGGAUUGUCCAAAUAUAUAUUAUGAAACCACAAGAUUUUCAUACUGGAAACUUUAAAGAAGCAAAAAUAGGAGAAAGUAAUUUAUAAUGAAAAUUAGAUGCAUAUUGAGACAUUGCAGUGCAGUAGUAAGUUAAUUCCACUUGGCCAGACAUAACCUAAAAUGAGAAUAUGGUCAUGGAGCAUAAACCAAGAUUAAAACACUAAAUAUUAGCAUAAUUUAAAAGUUCAGGAGGCCUCCCUGGUGGUGCAAGGGGUUAAGUUGCAGCUUUGUGAAGCUGUUGGCAGCCACUGCAGCACAAGUUUGAUCCCUGUCCAGGGAGCUGACCGACAUGGAGCAGCAGACCUCUCCUGUCUUGCCUGCUGCUCCCCUCAGCAGUGUAUUUCAGUGGAUCUGCCUGUUCUGUUCCCCACUCUGUCUCUGGUGAAUCCUCUCACCCCCCUCACCUCUGGCCUAUACCCCAGUUCUUGUAUGCAUAAAAAUACAUCUUUAAAAAACAUAAAUAAAACUUGAAGACAAUGGUUUGGGUCAUGUAUAGUUAUUUUCUAUGUCCUUUUUUAUCAGCCAUACUUGAGAUAUGAAUAGACAUGAUGAAUGUAAUUCA